AUGAGUGUAACUGUAUCUCCAGAGGCCUACCGCACUAUGAUCGUGUUUGCCGCAAGUCAUUGUACAAAGGCAGUGCAUGGAAUUCUAGUUGGUUCAACCUCCGAUGAUAGGUUUGUUGUUCAGAAUGCGUUUCCUAUUUGCCAUGAGACACCAACAAGACCGUUGGUUGAUAUUGCAGAAGCGCUGGUGGAAGCUAUGCUUGCUGACGACAAUAACUCAAACAUCAUUAUUGGAUGGUUCAUGUCACCCGAAGUCUUAUCGGAUAGAUCGUCUGGUCCUGUCGCAAUGAGGGUUGCUUCAGUGUUGCCGAAAAAUACUGAAAAUGGGGUUUUGCUAGUGCUUCAAAACGAAGAAAUCGGACAGCUGGCAUCCAAUGAAAAAAUCAUGGGAGCGGAGUGCAUGCAAGGUUUUGGGAAAGACUUCGGGAAACAAUGGACUCAAGCACUGGAGGUUUCGAUUCUUGACCAAAAAAGCAGCACCGAAAGGACAAGGAAGGACAUAAUCAGUGGAAGAAAAAUAGAGGACCUCACUGAUCACUGGCAAAACGGCGUAUCAACGCCAUGGCAUCCUAUAGUUACAUAG